UGCCAUACUUGAUCUUUUAUGGUUGUUAUUUUUUGUUCACAUAGCGAGUUUCGUAAAAUUUGUAAAAAUAUUGAAAUUUCAAAAUAUUUUACCGAGUUAAAAAUCUAUAAUAAAUGUCUAAAAUAUUUACACCCACAAAUCAGAUUCGCCUUACCAAUGUAGCAGUUGUAAGGCUUAAGAAAGGAGGCAAGCGUUUUGAAAUUGCUUGCUACAAAAAUAAGGUGUUGUCCUGGAGGAAUAACACAGAAAAAGACAUAGAUGAAGUUUUGCAAACGCACACAGUAUUUACAAAUGUUUCCAAAGGGCAAGCAGCAAAGAAAGAUGAGCUCUUAAAGGCUUUCGGCAAAACCGAUGAGACAGAGGUUUGCAAGGAAAUUUUAGCAAAGGGUGAGCUACAGGUGUCUGAGAAAGAGCGCCAGUCUGUUCUGGAUUCACAAUUGAACAGCAUUAUAAACAGUGUAGCCGCGCUUUGUGUUAACCCAGAAACGCGUCGUCCUUAUCCGGCAUCCAUUAUUGAGAAAUCGUUAAAAGAUGCUCACUUUUCAGUAAAAAUGAACAAGAAUACAAAGCAACAGACUUUAGAUGCCAUAAAGUUACUACGUGAGCACAUGCCUAUAGAGCGUUCACGCAUGAAAUUGCGAGUUUCGUUCGCCGGCAAAGAAUGUAGUAAGCUUAAGGAGUCUGUGAGCAAGUUGGCCACCAAAGUCGAGCAUGAAGAGUGGGACGAAGCAACGCUACACAUGGCAUUACUCAUCGACCCAGGCAAUUAUCGUGUUAUUGACGAACUUGUACGGAAUGAAACUAAAGGCAAAGGUCUUGUUGAAUUGCUCGAACUAAAAGAGGUAGUGGAGAAUGAAGACAUCUUUUAGUUUAGAUAAUAUAUGUAUAUUUUAUUGUAACCUUUUUAUAUUUAAAAUUUCAAAGAAUAACUAAUUUCAAAAUAAAUGUAUCCAUGCAACUUGUAAUGCCAGUUAA